UAACACCAAACCACAACAAGGAGCAACACUGAUGGGUUCCAUUGGUAAUGGUCGAAGUGUCUCAGCGGUUGGCAUCCAGAUGCCACCGGAGGGUAGCAAGACGGUGCUGGAGCCAGUAUCACUUCCAGUGACAACAUCUCCAGUGCCAAGGUGGCCACGGCUGGGCGUAAUUAUGGUGGCAACCCGAGUUGCAGCCUUGGUGAUGGCGCUGCUUUCGGUGUCUCUAAUGGUCUCCUCCAAGCAGCGGGGCAUUCUCACCAUAUUUGGCAUUGAGAUCCCGCUCCAUGCUAAUUGGUCCUUUUCUUAUUCCCUGCAAUUCUUGGUUGGGAUGUCUGCAGCCUCAGCUGCCUACUCGUUGGCUCAUCUCCUCUUGAUUGCACACAAGGCCGUGAAGAAGGUUCCCAUGGUUCCUUCCCGGCGACAAACAUGGCUGCUGUUUGCUGGUGAUCAGGUGUUUUCUCUUGCGAUGAUGAGCGCGGGAUCAGCAGCGGCAGCGGUGUCCAAUCUGAACCGCACCGGCAUCCGGCACACGGCGCUGCCCAACUUCUGCAAGCCGCUGCCACGUUUCUGCGACCUCUCGGCGGCCUCCAUCGCUUGCGCCUUCCUCAGCUGCGUCUUCCUCGCGACUUCCGCCGUAAUCGACGUUAUCUGGUUGUCAAGUCCGUGAGAUGAGCGAUGGUACUAGUUGUAGAAAAUUCCAAAGUUCUGUGCUUGUGCCUGUCAAUGUCCUCGCCUCCUCGGUCUCCAUGCUCACCUGGAUGGUGAGGUGCAGCGUCACUUGAUGCCCACCGAUCCAUGUUUACCGAGUUGACUGAGAUGAGUGAUCGAGUGAUGUACGUGUACCUGUUAGAUAGUCGUCGGAUGAACUCAACUGUUUUAGGCGAUGUAAUAUACUCUACUCAAUGCUGCCCGAUGCUCGUUUCUACUAUUUAGAAUGAUCGUGAUGUUGA